AUGGAGCGGGCCGGGGCGCGGGGGCUGCGGGGCGGCGGCGGCGGCCCGCCGGGGCUCCGGCUCGCGCUCGGGCUGGCGCUGCUGCUGGCGCGGCCGCCGUCGGGCCGCGCGGGGGCCCCCGAGGCGCAGGAGCCCGCGGAGGAGCCCGGCACGGCGGCCCCGGCCGGGGGCGACCGCUGCCGCGGCUACUACGACGUGAUGGGCCAGUGGGACCCGCCCUUCAACUGCAGCUCCGGCGCCUACAGCUUCUGCUGCGGCACGUGCGGCUACCGCUUCUGCUGCCACGACGGGCCGCGGCGCCUCGACCAGAGCCGCUGCUCCAACUACGACACGCCGGCCUGGGUGCAGACGGGCCGGCCACCCGCGCGUGCCCGCGACGCCGCCGCGCCCCGGGACCCGGGCCGCGAGCGCAGCCACACGGCCGUCUACGCGGUGUGCGGCGUCGCUGCGCUGCUCGUGCUGGCCGGCAUCGGGGCGCGCCUGGGCCUGGAGAGGGCGCACAGCCCGCGCGCGCGGCGCACGGUGACCAGGACACUCACAGAACUUCUGAAGCAGCCGGACCCCCAGGAGCCACUGCCUCCACCCCUGGGCCCACCUCUGGGCAGCUGUGUCCAGGUGCAGAUGGGUGAUGGCCUCCCCCGGAGCUCCCCCAACAACACAGCAGAUAAGAAGCGCCCCAACAACGUGCCCCUGGGGUCAGCAACACCGGGACCCCCGCGUGGCCCCAGGCUGCAGGGCGGUGGCAGCAUGACCCUGCAGCCCGACUUCGCCAAGUACGCCACCCUCAAGGCAGGCGGGCUCAAGGCCGCAGAAGCCACCCCGCAGGACUUCUACCAGCGUUUUCCCGCGACCGACCCUGCCCCGCUGACCCUCCCGGCGCGGGUCCCGCGGCCGCGCGAGGACUUGCCGGCGCUGCUCGACGCCUGCCCCUGGGCCCCGCCGGGCUACGCUCCCCCCGCCGGCCUUGCCCGGUCCGGCCACUACAAGGCCUGGGUCGCCAGCCGCCAGGCCCGGCCGGCCCCCCGCGGCCACCUGGCGGCUCAGGCCUCCCCCGCACCCCGGCGGCCCGGCCAUGCGCCCCGGCGCCAGUUCAGCGUGGAGAAGCUCCCCGAGGCCUUCAGCCCGCAGCCCCCUGGCCUUUACAGCAGCGCGGGCCGCGGACCCCGGCACCUGAGCACCAACAGCAAAGCCGAGGUCACCGUGUGA